AUGAAGGGAGAGUGUAUCAACAUGCAGAAAGUCUUAGACUCCGUUCAGAACUGGUCGAACGCUAAUAGAGUGAAGUUGAACGCAAAGAAAACGAAAGAUAUGUGGAUUUGCUUUUGGAAAUCUAUCCCACAGCCUCCCAAACUUUAUACUGGGGAUGUUAUGAUCGAAAGAGUUAAUUCAUUCAAGUUACUUGGUGUUAGCUGUCAAAGUAACAUGAAAUGGAAUUCUCACAUCAAAGAAUUUACUCGUAAGGGAAACAGGAGACUGUGUCAUCUAAGGCAGUGCAGGAAGGCUCACCUUCCUACUGAAGUAGGAUUGGCAACUUACUGCAUCAAAAUUCGUCCACUGCUUGAAUAUGCCGCACCAGUUUGGGGUGGCCUACCUCACUAUUUAGUGAACGACCUUGAGCGUAUUCAAAGGAGAAGCUUACGUAUUAUUGGUUUACCGGUCGAUACACUUCCCCCGCUUAGUGAGAGAAGAGAUAAGCUAACUCUUCGAGAAAUGGAGGCAAUUACUCAGGACGUAAACCAUCCCUGUCACCACCUUGUCCCUAUCGCACAGAAGCAUGACUAUUCCACUAGAACUAAAGAAAGAGGUUCUAAUGUAGGUCGCAUUAUUUCCAGAACCGAAAGACAUAAAUCAUCGUUUAUGCCUCGUGCAGUUAAACUUUUUAAUAAUAAACUUUAA